AUGCCGUUUGCUCGGUCCGUGACAGUUUCCAGGUUAGAUGUUAUGAAAAAUGAACUCACUGAGACCCAGGAAGAUGAUGAGGAGGGUAACGAGAUUGAUCAAGAGGAGGAUGACGAAGGAGAUGAAAAUGAUGAGAAUGGCGUGGAGGGAGAGGGACCCAGGGAGGAGAAGGAAGAGUUGAGAAGGAAAAAAGCAAGGUUUGAUAAGAGGGGGACGUUACUGAAAGAGAAAGAAGCAUUGAAGAAGGAGAGAGAUGAGUUGAAUGAGAGAGCACAAUUGAAGAGGGAGAAGGAUUUGUUUUUUGAGGACAAGGAAAAGUUAGCGAAGGAGAGGGAGGAGUUUAAUAAAGAGAAAGAAGAUAGUCAUACACGGAGGGAACGUUUUGUGAUGGAGGAGGAGGGUGAGGAGUUGAGGAAGAGACGGGAAAUAAAUGAUAUUGAAAAAAAAGAACUUGGAUAUGGGGAUUUGGAUGUGCAAUCGUAUAGUAUUGCCGAAGGUAAUGUAUUGGAUGCAUCCACUUCUCAUCUCGUUUAUCAAAGGAGAACCAAACGGCUACUGAAUCCGUCAUAUUACAAAGUUUCUCCGUACUUGUCCAUGUCUGCAUUCGAUACAACCCCUGGGGAGGUUCCCAAACCUGAGCAAGUAACAGCUUUUGUUACUUCUCAGAUACCAUUUCCUCUACAGAUGGAUCCAUUCAGGAUAUUAUCCGCACAGGAAGUGAAAGAGGCAGAGGACUAG